AUGACAUCAGCGCAAACCUCACCGGGACGCGCGACAGACGCGUCUGCAAAACCUCGGCCAAAGCUGCUAGCAGCUCUACGCAAACCUGUCAUAGAUUCGUCAGAGAGCGAAGCCGAAUCUGAGAACGAGGCUUCCGCAUCUGAAGAUGAUGCAAUCCCUACAAUCACCGCGAAGCCGUCCACAGUAACACGGCCAGAGCAGGUCAUAGAGCAGACCAAUGAGGACGACGAGAGCGAUGGGGAAGACGCAUACGAACUCAUGAAGAAACGACUAGCCGCCAGCAAGAACUCAUCAAUAUUACAUUCGGCGGCCCCACAAGAAGCACAGCAGGAAGUACCAGUCAUGGCUAUUAUCGAAAGUAACGAAGAUGAGGACGCAAUGCCCGUGCGAGCGAACACCCGCAAACCCAUUACACACCGGACAAAGACUGCAAGCCCUCGAGCAUCUGCGUCACCAACCGUACGGUCGCGACAAUCAUCACCAGGACUUUUUGUCACUCCAGAUGUAUCACCAGUAAAGAAGCCAUCGCGGCGAUCAGCGAAUGCUGGGUCGGAGUCGGACGAAUCUUCACAACCUAUACGUAAUGCCGACUUGCAAGAGCGAGUGCGACGCAUCCGAGAGGAAAGACUUGCGAAGCAACAAGAGGAAGAAGCACAACAAACCAAACCUAAGAAGAUUGCACGGCGGCUAGCAGACCAGGCCUCAGGGACCGAGUCAGACGGCGAGGGCAGUAGGCGGCUUACACAACAUGCUAAGCCAACUCGCAGAGCUGGCAAGAAGGCUAUGGAGGCAAUGGCCCGCGACCAGCAGCGCAUAAGCCGUAACAUGCAGCUUACCCACCAAGCCAAGACAAAGAAGCGCUUCACGACACAGGAUCUGUUCAAGAAGUUCAACUAUCAAGCGCCCGGCGCCGAGGUACUAAUUCUCCCAACACCAGAGCCUAGCUCAGCAUUGGCAUCCUCUGACGCAGAGGUGAACCAGGUCCACGAUACGCCACCAACAAGCCCCCCUAGACAACAUGCUCCGGAAGAGAAGAAUGCCCCACUGGAUCAGCAUGUGUCUACCACAAUAACCGAGAGUAAAGCCCAAUCACCUGAACCCGCUAAGAUUGACAAAGGCAAAGGGCGAGCACCCGAGUUUCAACACCUGCCAAUACAUCCUUGGAUGAAAAAGACACAACCAGUCACGGUGCAUAAAGCUGUGGUGGACACUAAGGAGGUUACGGUCAAUGACAUGGUAGAGCUUUCGGACUCGGAUGAUGAUUUGCAGGUAGAAAAGCCUAAGAGCAGAUUCCCCGUCUUCGACCGACUGCCCACAAAGAAGGACAACGAGGCGGGAUCACUGGUACAUCUUCGUGCUCUCGCUCAAUUGGUCAAAUCACCACAGAAGGGCAAGAAGGGACAGAAAAUAGUCACUCGUGGUGAGAUGGAGUUUACACUAGCUCAGAAGGCUCGCCAACAAACCGCAAAAGCCAAAGAGGAGAGGAUAGCCGACUUGAUUAGGCGAGGUCAUAACCCUGAGACCGAAGAGGAGAGAGAGAAGCGCCAGAUAGAAAUCGACGACAUGGUGGCAAUGCUCGAGAAGCAGAGACAGGAAGACCUUGAGCUAGCCAAGAUGGAGCGAAAGGAGGCAAAGAAGAACGGCGAGACCAUAGACGACCUCCCGUCUAGCGACGAAGAGGAUGGCGACUACGUCGGUAGUGGCGAAGAAGACGCCAAUGAAGAGGAGAACGAGGACCAGGAAGAAGCUGACGUCGUACUUUCGGGCUCAGAGGAUGAGCAAAUGGAAGACGAGGGUGAAGAUGAAGCAAGUAAUCCAGAUAAUGUGGAUGCUCUCAUCGAUGGAAUGGCUGAUGAAGACGACGAGCCAAAUGACACGCUGCCAGCCCAACACGUCGACGACGAUGCUGACAUGGAUGACGACGAUGCGGUCGCGCCUGUCCGAAGGCAAACGAUCAAUCGUGCCCGCAACCGGGUCAUCGACGACGAUGAAGAGGGCGAUGCUGAAGCGCCUAAGCCUGUCACACCCACUCAACCAGCAACUCAAAACGACGCGAUGGCUGCCUUUGGAUUUGGCAAUGCCAACGCCGGAAUAGGGCUUACGCAGAUGUUCGCAGGCACUAUGGCUGAGUUGGAGUCUGACUCGCAGCCCGUUGCCGCCGUCAACACUGAACAAGACUCUUUGGACUUCCUACGGAACUUGCCUGACACUCAGCCCGGCGCAAACUUCAGCCAGGCUUCAGAAUUCCUAGUGCCCAACAGUCAGUCUUUAAUGUCGCCACAAAAGGACGCACCGGCUGGUGACGAGUCGCAAUUCAGCCUGGGAAUCAGUCAAGUAGUCAAGACUUCUCCCACCUUCUCGCGAACGCAGGUUGAGGACUUUGAACCCACACAGGAUGCAGGCUUCUCCUUCUCUCGAUCGCCAGCAGGCCUUGCCCCGCCACCAUCGACAAUCGACACCGUCAUGAUGCCUGUUGCUGAGUCACCAAUCAAGCAGAAGGGUAAACUCCAGCGUGGACGACGUGAAGCAGCUGUUGAGCUCUCCGAUGUUGAAGAAGACUUGGUUGAUGCUGAGGAGGAAGAGAGCGAGGACGAUAUCCAACGCCCUCCUAAGCUUAGCAAGGAUGCUUUCAUGAAAAUGCAGCAAGCGGCUAAGAGGGCGAAGGCGGCCGAAGAGUUCGACAAGAAGAAGAGUAUGGCAAGAGAAGCUGUCAUGGAACAAGCCGAGGAGUCCGAAGACGAGUACGCUGGGCUUGGAGGAGCCAGUGACGAUGAGGAAGGCGAGGAAGACGAAGACCUCAAGGACAUGAUCGACCACAACGACGUCAAGGUCGAUGAGCGCCAGAUUGCUGCUUUCUACGCUGACAAGACAAAGAAAGACGACGAAAAGCAGCUCACUGAGCUCUACAAGAAGAUGCAGAGGAAGGGUGGCCUCCGCAGGCAAGGUGGCGGCUAUGACGGUUUCGACAUGUCCGAUUCUGAAGACGAGGCCGAGCUCCGCCAGCGAAAGAAGCGCGCUGCAUUUCAAAAGCAAACUAACGCUUUGUUGCAAGAUCAGAAGGUCAAGGCACUCGCUGACGACGACAAGAAGAAGGCCUUCUUCAACACAUUGGCUGACUUUGCCGACGAGGGCGAGUACGACUACCUCAACAUGCCUGAGAAAGAGUUGGACAUGAACGACUCGCAGUCUCAGGAGAAUAUCCAAGGUGAUGACAUUGCUGUUCCAAACUCACAGGCUGAAUCUCAAAACCUGUCAGCGCCAACCAGCCCACUCAAGCGCAAGACUCAGGACUCGCAAAAAGAGAACCGGCCACCUCCACACAUGCGCCGCACAACCGCUUCUGACAACCUCGUUCGCAAGCCACUCACCGCAGAUGAUGUCAAACACUCCAUCUCAGAGCUCAUCGAAGACCCACGCAUUAUAGUACCAGACUCUCAGCUCUCCGACGCCGAAGAUGAUGAAGAACCCGCCUUCGUCCCGGCGUCGCGGAAACCCAUCAUCGACCGUCUGACUCUGAGCCGACAAUCCACAGUCGAGGAGUCUGUAAGCGCAGACUCCAACCUGGCCUUCCACGCUGCGUCUCGUGCUGCCGCAACACCUGGAUUCCGCGUUCCUUCGCUCAUACGCCAGGCGACUAGUAAUCUGUCUGUCAGCAGCGAGCGGUCAGCGGGCGGCAGCACUCCCAAGGAGAGUGGUGUGAGGAGAGGUGGUACUGGAAGGAGUAACAUCCAUGCUCAGGCACGAGAGGCAGAGCGUAGGGCGUUGCUAGAGAAGAAAGAAGGGAAGAGGAAGGAAGCACUCCGGAAGAAGGUCGAGGGUGGACGAAAACAAGGGUUGAGGAGUGUACUUGGUGAUCUUAGUGGUGGGUUUGAAUGA